ACUUCUUAUCAGGAGACUCACGAUUCACGAAUCACGACAGUCUUUCUCGAUCUCUCUAGAUUUGGGCUUUGGAUUGCUGAAGAGAUAACAAGGUUGAUUGCAUUACUUCCUCAGGUUCCACAAGGAAGUCUUUUCUUGAAUACUUCAUCAUGGUAUGCUUUAAUAGUUCUGUUAUCAUGAGAUCAGAUCAAGAAUUUUGAAUCUUAUGCUUACAGGAAAUGUUUCAGUUAAUGCUGUUCAUUUGCAAGGCGGUUGGAUGGGUCAGACAGACUGAUAGAUUGGAGUUCAGAACAUCAAAGAAGUUGAAUAGUUCUUAGCGAGUAAUGUGCUGAUUUCCAUUGGAGCAUAGUUCUCUCACUUUUCGUUUUUUUGCUGAUACGGCGAUUGAUUUAUGAUCCUGCUUUGAAAAUUAUAUCCUGGAGACUGGAACAUGUGUAUGUGACUCAAGAUGCCACAUGUUGCAUUUCUAUAAUUAGAUCAGUUUGUUGGGAAGUUUAACUUUAGUCAAUUUUUGUGGAAAUCUAAUCAGGAAAAACAGAAAAUGAAGAAGUGGUUUGGAGGUGUUCUAAUUGUAUCCUUGUUUAUGUUGCUGGUUCUGAGGUAUGGGGUGAUGAAAAACCCCCUUGGAGAAAGUUUACGCUCCUAUCCGUUCUCCACCAAUAAGUCUAAUCCUCUUGAAUGGGUGCAUGGAGUCCCGCCUGCAGUUCAAAAUCCAGAGAAUGCUUCGCAAGUAGUUUCUGCAGUUAGAUUGGUUGCCGGUCUCUUUACUUGGAGAAACUUUUCCAGUGAAGAGCAAAGAUGUUUGCAGACAUGGAAUCAUAUGAAUUACUUGAUCAAUUAUACUGAAGGCUUACCUAAUGCAGUGGGUGCUGUUAAAGAAGCUGGAAUGGCAUGGGAUAGCCUUGUGGCCUCAGUUGAAGAGGAAAGACUUGGUUCUGUGAAUGACAGUUCACAUCAAAAGACAAAAGAGAAACAGUGCCCCUAUUUUCUUAACAUAAUGAGUGCCACAGAACCUGGUGAUAGUGGUUAUAAGUUACAGAUUCCUUGUGGCCUUAUUCAGGGUUCUUCCAUUACAAUUAUUGGUACUCCCAAUGGUCUUCUUGGUAAUUUUCGGAUAGAACUAACUGGGCAACCACUUCCAGGGGAGCCAGAGCCUCCAAUUGUAUUGCAUUACAAUGUUCGACUUCAUGGUGAUAAGAUAACUGAGGAUCCUGUGAUAGUACAGAAUACAUGGACCGUAGAUCAUGAUUGGGGUGAAGAAGAGCGAUGUCCUUCUCCUGUUCCCAACAAUAAUAAGAAAGUGGAUGAAUUGGACCAGUGCAAUUCACUGGUGGGUAAAGAUGAUAAGCGGAGGUUUACGGCUAUGAGACAUUCCAAUGGUUCAACAGCGCAGGAGGAAUCGAAACCAAAACGUUAUUUUCCUUUCCAGCAAGGGCAUCCAUUUGUUGCAACGCUUAGGAUGGGAGCAGAAGGGAUCCAGAUGACAGUUGAUGGCAAGCACAUAACAUCCUUUGCUUAUCGUGAAAGUCUGGAACCAUGGCUUGUCAGUGAAUUAAGGAUUUCUGGAGACCUGAAGUUAAUUUCUGUGCUAGCUAGCAGUUUACCUACUUCAGAGGAUUUAGACCAUAUUGUCGAUUUAGAAACACUCAAAUCAGCUCCUCUUCCUCAAAAAAAAAUAUUGGAACUCUUUAUUGGUGUCUUCUCUACCGCUAACAAUUUCAAACCUAGGAUGGCUGUUCGUAGAACGUGGAUGCAGUACUCUGCGGUGCGGUCAGGAUCCAUUGCUGUCCGUUUUUUUGUUGGUCUGCAUAAAAACCAGAUGGUGAACGAGGAACUCUGGAACGAAGCACGAACAUAUGGAGAUAUUCAGCUGAUGCCUUUUGUUGACUAUUACAGCGUCAUUACCUGGAAAACUAUAGCCAUAUGCAUCUUUGGUACACAGGUUGUUUCGGCAAAAUAUGUUAUGAAAACAGAUGAUGAUGCAUUUGUUCGUGUGGAUGAGGCCCUCACUUCUUUAAAUAGGAUAAAUGUGACUCAUGGGUUGCUCUAUGGUCUCAUUAACUCAGAUUCCCAACCUCAUCGGAACCCUGAAAGCAAAUGGUAUAUUAGCCUGGAGGAAUGGCCUGAAGAAACAUAUCCUCCUUGGGCUCAUGGUCCUGGUUACAUUGUGUCACGUGACAUAGCAAAAGCAGUCAAUAAGAGACACAAAAAGGGUCUCUUGAAGAUGUUCAAGCUGGAGGAUGUGGCAAUGGGCAUCUGGAUCGCAGAGAUGAAGAAGGAAGGAUUGGAUGUUAGGUAUGAGAAAGAAGAGAGGAUUUAUAAUGGAGGUUGCAAUGAUGGUUACGUCGUUGCCCACUACCAAGGCCCUAGGGAGAUGCUUUGUUUGUGGCAAAAGCUGGAAGAGGGUAAGGGGGCUAAAUGCUGUGGUGAUCAAUGAUGGUCGAGGGAGACACUCUGGGACAAAAGCUGGAAGAAAAGGGGGCUAAAUGCUGUGGUGAUCAAUGAGGGAGCCAGAUAGGAUAGCUGGGGCUUUAGGAUGAGAUCCAGCUCUGGCUACGGCUUUUUAUAUGAGAAAUAUAGUUGGUCACCGCUUUUGUAGCCAUGGAAGGAAAAUGCUAACAAAGUUGAGUUGUAUAGAUGAAUUCUACUAGCUAGGGGAAUUUUUUUGUCCUCAUAGCUGAUUCCCCCCGGGUAAUAGAUAGGGGUUGGAAGUAUAUGGUUGAUUAACAUAUUUUUUUUUUGGGGGGGGGGUGUUUAUUUGA